AUGGCGCUCAGUCGGACUUCGUCAAAUCCACUUGUUCUGCAUGGUCGACAUUUUGGUCGUACAGUUAUUGCACUAUGCAACUAUCCUGCGCUCCUGACAGCAGGUAUCCUCUGGCUCAAAGAAUUGCAGGACUCACCCAUAGAGGAUUUCCCAGCUGACGUUUGGCAGGAACAUAGGGUAUUUAUGGAACUCGUAGAUUCUUAUCCUGGUCUUAUGGAUUGUCUGACGAGUGACGAAGAGGAAAAUGUUAUCCACGUAGGAGAACUGUUAGGUAAAGGGGCCUCUGGUGCUCGAGGGGAUGACACUAAGACCCUCAAAUCUGCUGUCCUCGAAUGGCUUGUGCCCAGAGGUCAGGCAGUCAUACCACCUCUCUCCCGAAACAUCAAGUCCGACCGGGGGUUCAAUCAUGAUAUCACUGGUGCGUUGCUCUGCCCCGCAGGCCUCGACUGGUCGAAUGCAGAAACCAAGCAAAGUCUCAAGAGCGGUGAAACCGCAGUCCGUGGUGACCAGUGGCCCAUGUUUCUAUAUGCUGGCUAUGUUUAUGAUUCCGAAGAUCCGUGGGGGGGCUUACUGAGAAGCGAGAUACUCGUCUCCGGCUUCAAACAUGUAUUCAUGUCUCCAAGCUCAGUGGAUAAGGAGCCCAAAGCCACACGCUCCGGCAACGCAUACCUCCAUGGAAUGAAAUCCGCAACUAAAGGUUCCCUCGCAUAUAUUGCCAUGCAGAUUCGGUUUUCGUUAAGUUCCUCGUCUGUAUUCUCACGUACCGAUACAGUCAUGGAUUCCGAAAACUUCUACCAUAGCAUUCUUGACCUAUUGGAGGAUCCUGAUGAAAGUGCUGAAGUAGGUGAUUUGAUGACUUGGUGGACUCGUCGAAUUUUUCCUAAUUCUUCCUCCUCACAGCGCAGUAUCAGCAAAAAUAGUGCACUGGCGAAAAUUCGGGAAAAAUGUGCUGCCCUUCGAGAACGAGCCGCUAGUACUAUUAAUUAG